UAUGCGUAGCAUAUAGUCGUAUUGUUCUUUCUUGUUUUACACCUUUUAAUGUAAGCAGUGAUUUUGCACUGACAUUUCAUGGAACGUACGAUUCUGUUCUUCUCUGCUUCUAAACUGUUAUUGCGCGUAUUUAUAUAGCCGCCAGCUGGACUGGAAAAUGACGUUGCAAGGCAAUCCCUUUAAUUUCCAUUUGCCUGCAUUUCAGCGCCGCUGGCCUUCCGUCGGUGGCUUUCAAAAAGUGAUCUAGGGACUGGAGUCUCGGCACAUCCUUCUUUCUGUGCUCACUGACAGCUUUUCCCCCCAUCUUUAAGCACAUUUUUGCGAUGUGCCCCUUCCCCGUGUCGCUGUUUAUUCUUCUGUCGCUCGUUUUGCCCGGACCGGCCCAUGGGUAUUUCCCGGAGGAGCGUUGGAGCCCCGAGUCCCCGCUGCUCGCUCCGCGGGUGCUGAUAGCCCUCAUCUGCCGCAAUAGCGAGCAUUCCCUCCCAUAUUUCCUCGGAACCAUCGAUAACCUCAACUAUCCCAAGGAUCGCAUUUCUCUGUGGGUGGCGACGGACCACAACGUGGACAACACGACGGCCAUCCUGCGUCAGUGGCUGACCGAUGUGCAGAGCUUCUACCACUAUGUGGAGUGGAGGCCACAGGUGGAGCCAAGGACUUUUGAGGAUGAGAGCGGACCAAAGCACUGGACAAACCACCGCUAUGCUCACGUAAUGAAGCUACGGCAGGCAGCUCUGGAUGCUGCCCGAGACAUGUGGGCUGACUACUUCCUGCUGGUGGACUGUGACAACAUCCUGACCAAUCCAGAUGUGCUGUGGAAGCUCAUACAGGAGGACAAGACCGUGGUGGCUCCCUUGCUGGAGUCGCGCGCGGCCUACUCCAACUUCUGGUGUGGAAUGACCACUCAGGGCUACUACAAGCGGACGCCGGCCUACCUUCCCAUCCGGAAGGGCCUGCGGAAGGGCAGCUUCGCCGUGCCCAUGGUACACUCCACCUUCCUGGUGGACCUGCGCAAACAGGCGUCGCGUCAGCUGGCCUUCCACCCCCCGCACCCGGACUACAGCUGGGCCUUCGAUGACAUCAUCAUCUUCGCCUUCUCCGCCCGCAUGGCGGACGUCCAAAUGUUCCUGUGUAACAGAGAGAUUUAUGGGUUCCUGCCCAUCCCUCUGCGUGUCCACAGCUCCCUGCAGGACGAGGCGGACAGCUUCCUGCACACGAUUCUGGAGGUCAUGGUGCGGAACCCUCCCAUAGAACCUUCUAGGUUCACACCCGUCCCUAAGAAAAAUCCGGACAAGAUGGGCUUUGACGAGAUGUUCAUGAUCAACCUGGAGCGUCGUCCUGACCGGCGGAAGCGCAUGCUGAGGUCCCUCUAUGAGCAGGAGAUCGACUGCAAGGUCUUCCCCGCCGUGGACGGCAAGGCCUUGAACGCCAGCCAGAUCCAAGCCCUGGGAAUCCACAUGCUGGCCGGCUACAGCGACCCCUACCAUGGCCGGCCCCUCACCCGAGGGGAGAUGGGCUGCUUCCUCUCACACUACUCGGUCUGGCAGGAGAUUGUGGAUCGGGGGCUCGAGGUGUCGGUGGUGAUCGAGGACGACCUGCGCUUUGAGGUUUUCUUCAAGCGGCGCCUCCAGAACCUGAUGUUGGAGGUGAAGAAGGAGGGACUGGACUGGGACCUCAUUUACAUAGGGAGAAAGAGAAUGCAGGUUGAGCGUCCCGAGAAGGCCGUUCCCAACAUCCACAACCUAGUUGAGGCCGACUACUCUUAUUGGACGCUGGGGUACGUGAUGUCAUUACAAGGCGCCAAGAAGCUGCUGAAGGCCGAGCCGUUGAAGAGGAUGCUGCCAGUGGACGAGUUCCUCCCCAUCAUGUUCAACAAGCACCCAGUAUCGGACUACAUGGAGCAGUUUGUAACUCGGGACCUAAAAGCAUUCUCUGCAGAGCCCCUACUGGUGUUCCCCACCCACUACACGGGGGAACCGGGCUACAUCAGUGACACGGAGACCUCCACCGUCUGGGACAACGAGAAGAUGCCCACAGACUGGGACCGGGCGCGGGCGGGCAGCAAGACGCACGAGCAGGCGGAAAUCAGCAGCGAGGCCCAGAACACGGACGUCCUCCAGUCGUCCUUGCACCGUGCUGCUAAAGAUGAGCUCUGAUUGGCUAUUUCACACAUGUGGCCAGCCAAUGAGAACCGGGAACCACCCACCCACCCACGGUCAGGCUGCUACAUUUGUUUUGUAAUGACCUCCUGAAAAUUGCCUCUUUCUUCACAUCUUACCUGGGAUGAUGCUAGGGCAGCAUGGAAUCUGAGGUGUGUGAUUUGACUCUCAAAGUGGCUUCUGAUGGUCAUCAUGGGAUCAUCACAUCUGGUACAGGUGAGUGAGAAACACCUGCUUUUAGAUGCUUUUUUUAAAGCACAUUUUGUUUUGUUUUUUGCCCUCACCUCUGGGACAGUCGCCAACUGUGAUCCAGAUGUACCCUCACAGUCAGGUUUGAGGGCAAAGCUCCGAUGAAAUACCCAGCAGAUAUUACUCACAGACAGGGCAAGGAUCUGAAUUCAUCUUCAAAAUGGCAGAAUGUGUCAUUCCCACAGAAUCCCCAACUAAAAAAUGUUACAUAAACUUCUGUUUAUUUCAACGUCUUUCUAGGAAACACUCACCCCCUGUGUUACUGACAGAUGUGCCUAAAUACAGGAAUGUGUGGUAUUGCUCUGCUUGGUCUCUACAUGACAAUCCACCAAUGGCUUUACAGGGAAAAUUGGGAAGAUUUGUGAGGGGUGUAGAGAUUGUAUCCCACAGCUUGGAUUAUGUGAACUUGUCAAUAAAUGGUUAUUGGUUUAAGUUCCA